CGAGCAAUGACAAAUACGUUGUCUCUUUGAAGUUACUGUGUGCGCCAUGUUCUUCAUCAUCUCUCUGUCUCUCUGAAUGGCACUCUCUUUCAGAUUUUGGCGCCUAAAUCUCCUCCCAAAACCUUCACUUUCACACCUACAAACCACUCUCAAAGCUCUGAAACCUCUCAAACAAAAACUAAGUCCCAUAUGUUCACUUCCCAUGUCUUCUUCUUCUUUGAAUCCCUUGAACUCCCACCUCUCCGUAUCAAAAAAUCCCACUUUUUCAGAACCUCAAAAUCCAACUGCAUGUCCCCAAGAUGAUCUCGUUGUUCUGGGCAUUGAAACCAGCUGUGACGACACCGCUGCCGCUGUCGUAAGAGGCAAUGGUGAAAUCCUCAGCCAAGUUGUGUCUUCUCAGGCAGAUUUGCUUGCUCAAUAUGGAGGUGUUGCUCCAAAAAUGGCAGAGGAAGCGCACUUGCAAGUGAUUGAUCAGGUUGUGCAAGAAGCGCUUGACAAAGCUAAAUUAACUGAGAGGAAUUUGUCUGCAAUAGCGGUUACUAUUGGUCCUGGUUUAGGCCUCUGUCUUCGUGUUGGUGUGCGGAAAGCUCGUAAGAUUGCUGGUAGCUUUAACUUACCAAUCAUUGGUGUACAUCACAUGGAGGCUCAUGCUCUUGUAGCCAGGUUAAACGAAAGAGAGUUGCAAUUCCCUUUCAUGGCUCUGCUUAUUUCAGGAGGACAUAAUCUACUCAUUCUUGCUCGUGAUCUUGGCCAAUACAUACAACUUGGUACCACAAUAGACGAUGCGAUUGGCGAGGCAUAUGACAAGACUGCAAAAUGGCUUGGUCUUGACUUGAGGAGAAGUGGUGGGCCAGCUAUAGAAGAGCUUGCUCGAGAGGGUGAUGCAAAAUCAAUCAAAUUCUCAACUCCAAUGAAACAACAUAAAGAUUGCAACUUCUCGUAUGCUGGUCUGAAGACUCAAGUGAGGCUGGCAAUUGAAUCUAAGAAUAUUAAUGCUGCAAUUCCUAUUUCUUCAGCGAGCAGCGAAGAUAGAAGGACUCGAGCUGAUAUUGCUGCCUCUUUUCAGCGAGUCGCAGUAUUACAUCUGGAGGAAAGGUGUGAGCGAGCAAUUGAAUGGGCUCUGAACAUUGAACCUUCUGUAAAAUAUUUGGUUGUCUCCGGAGGUGUUGCAUCAAAUCAGUAUGUUCGGGCUCGGCUUGAUCAGGUUGUCCAGAGAAACAGCUUACGACUUGUGUGCCCACCUCCCAGCCUUUGUACUGACAAUGGUGUCAUGGUGGCUUGGACUGGCAUUGAGAACUUUCGUAUGGGAAGAUUUGAUCCACCACCACCUGCGGAUGAACCUGAAGAUAUUGUGUAUGAUCUGCGGCCAAGGUGGCCAUUGGGAGAGGAAUACGCAGAUGGAAGAAGUGAAGCUCGCUCAAUGAAAACAGCCCGCAUUCAUCCCUCUCUGACAUCUAUGAUCCAAGCAUCUUCACAACAGCAACCAUAGUCUGCAUCUCCUAAAUCCGGCAACCACUUCAUGCUGUUCAACGGUCGGAGCCAUUCAAUGAGUCAAAUUGAUUUUUAUAUGUUGGGAUGGUUGACUCGGUUUGAGCCACCUUUCUAAUGAUGAACGGAAGAUUGAUCACAAGUGUGGCACAGGGUAAAAGACCGACCAUUGGCAUGAAGCAAAUGUUAUGUUAAUGCAUGUGAUGCACCUUAACAUAUGCUACACCUUGAAGCAAUAGUAUACUAAACUCAUACACGUUAUAUGGAUGCUAGGACUCAAACCGAGGACCUUUUCUGGGGGAGCAAUUGCUCCAAAUUACUACA